UCACUGCCCGUGUUUAUGUGGGUCACAGGACAGAGAGUGGACAGAGGUAGAUUCAGUCCAGCCAGCCAGGGGGGAACAAUGCGCUGUCUCUCGUCGCUGUGGCUGUACGCGGCCCUGCCAGGUCUGCUGUUGGCCUCACAUGUCACUCUGAUUGUAGAGGGAGAUAAUGAUGCCUCCAGGAUCUGCAAACCUGCCCCCCACUGGGCGAUAAAGGGACAUGCACCCAUGCAAAAGCUGCUAGGAAAUGUGGUCGUGGUGGCGCUACUGAAGGCUAGCUGACAGUUCUGUCUCACUCAGGCCUCCAAAAUUGGAGGCCUGCGUGACAAGCUGAACCGCAGCAACCUGACAGAGGUGUCUUUUAUGAUAGUAAAUGAGCGCGAGGCUAUGUCCAGAGCGAUGUUCUGGGAGCUGAAGAGAAGAGCGCCCCCUGAUGUUCCUGUCUACCAGCAGGAACCCUUUCAAGAUGACGUGUGGGAGGCUCUGGAUGGUGACAAAGAUGACUUCUUGGUCUAUGAUAGGUGCGGUCUGCUCACCUUCCACAUAGUGCUGCCUUACAGUUUCUUGCAUUACGUCUAUGUAGAGGCUGCAAUCAGAGCCACUUAUCAUAAAAACAUCUGCAACUGCACUGUUAACUCCACUUCAUCAAGUGGCAACUUCACAGAUGCAACUGCAAAUCAGACAGAAAUUGAGGAGCCAGAGGUGGAAGGCACAGCUCCUGGAGAGACUCAUCACCACAGACACCACGAUCAUCGCCAUAAUCAUCAUCAUCCCCACCACCAACACCACACCACUCACCGCAAUCAGUCCCAACAUCAGCAUGAAACAAGUCAGAAUAAAACUCAGAAUCUUCAUCUCAGUCAUCAUCACCACUCGCAUCCUCAGCACCAUCACUCUCAUUCUCACCAUCAUCACCCCCGUCAUCAUCAUCAUCAGCAGCAGCCUGGCAACCACAGUGAUCAUGGUGACAAUUAGGAUGCCGGUUAAAUUACUAGUGUUUUUACUUGCUACUUCUUUACAAUGGGUUUACUUCAUGUUUCACUUUUGUAACAGUGUUUUUACUUUGAUGGCAGCAGUUCACUGAGCAGUCCAAUCUGUUUAAGCAGUAAUCAGAUUGUAGUUUCUCUGCUAGCAUCUCCACACCUCACUCAUCUGUUUGGAUAACGUAGCCAUGCUACCUUGUCUUCUCCCAUUAAUGAAGUCUACAGUGUGAAACCUGCCUGCAGGAAGCUGUAGAUGGAUGUGUGUGGAGAGUCUGGGUGGGCUGAUGGUUACUGUCAUCCAGACAGAUUCUGAGGAUGUUGUACACUGCUGCUGAGACAACUUUAGUCAGAUUACUGUCCAAACAUUUUCCUUCUAGUUCAGUUUCUAGAUCUGUUAAUCCUGUCUCGUUCAGGAUCUGGAAGUGAUAUGCUGUGCUACUACAUCACUAUGUACAUUUAACAAGUGCUGUGCUUUAUUCAUUUGAAUAUUUGCAAGCAACUGGGGGAGUGGUUUAAUAAAAUAGAUGAGUACUAAUAAAAAAAAAAAACAUUAGAUAUUAUAAAUCACACCAGCAAAAACAGUAUUGCUCACCUAUACUGUACUUGUAUUACAUACAGAAUUACUGGAUUAACAUUUUGUUCAUUGCUCCAUUUAAUCAACUUUGCAUAUUUGCUGUGGAUUUGUUACUUUGCUUCCGAUUAAUUACUUACACAGGAAUUAACCUUCAGGUUGUUGAUCUGCAAUAAAAAGAAAAUACAUAUGUAAA